GUCCUCAAUUCCUCAAUUAAUUGAGGCCAAUUUGUCUUUUUGUAAUCUCAUUAUAUGCAUCUUCUUUCUCUUUCUCAUACCACCAAAAAUGCCUUUUGCCCCUCUCUCUGUAUCUCUAACCCAUGUCUCCUCUUUAUCUCUCUAACUUUCCCCUAGCUAGAGAGAUUCCUCUUUGUCUCAAACUAGGGUUUUCUCUCUGAAAACAACAAAAACAUCCCAAUAAUUGCAAAUCUAGCUACUUGAAGAUUUCUCAUUCUCCUUCUUAUAAUUAAUACCCAAGAGAGAAACAAGAUCAAACCUUUUCAAGAAGUUAUCAAGUAGGGGACCUUUUCUUGUUACUCCAUUUAAAGGGGAUAUACAAGAAAAAAUGUCAAACUACACAAACUCACCCUGUGCAGCAUGCAAAUUCCUCCGGCGUAAAUGCACGUCAGACUGCGUAUUCGCACCCUAUUUUCCGCCGGAGGAACCUACAAAGUUUGCGAACGUCCACCGGAUAUUCGGGGCAAGUAAUGUAAGCAAGAUCCUUCACGAAGUAGCCCCGCAUCAGCGGGAAGACGCUGUGAACUCGCUGGCUUACGAGGCAGAGGCACGACUUAAUGAUCCAGUGUAUGGCUGCGUUGGAGCGAUCUCGGUGCUCCAAAGACAGGUCUUGAGGUUGCAAAGGGAACUAGAGGAGACAAAUGCUGAUCUCAUGAGGUACGCUAGUUGUCUUGGUAGUGAAACGACGUCGGCUUAUGGUGGUCGGAGGGGUUGACUGGUCAACGGGAGUACGUUGAUUAGUCAUCAUCACUCUUUGAGAGAAUUAGCGGCGGUGAAGUAUAAAGAGAGAGAGAGAGAGAGAGAGUGGAUGGUUGAUAUGAUGGAAGUGAUGAGGAUAUCUUCGUAUGUAUAUAUGCCUAUGGAGACAUGCAUGUAUGCAUCUUUAUGUUUGUUUUCAUGUAUACACUUAUGCGUAUGUGUAAUUUAACUUGUAAUUUUCUUACAUGGGAGGUCAAGAAAUAUUUUUGAUGAUGUUUAAUAAGCAAUAACUAGCUCUUGCUCUUGCUCAUA